GCGUUUACGAAUGCACGGCUGCGAACACACUCCAUACUCUGUACACGCACAACACGACCGAAGGCGACAGCGACGAGGAAGACGGAUUGUGAUAGUUGGAACAGACUGUCGCGUAUAAGUCGUCCGAGUCGCUCGAAGCUGUCGAGUUGCGUCUUCGUGUCACGCAGUCGUAAUCCGUCUGUCCAUUCCCGUUUCUCUCAACUCCGACGCGCGGCAGAUUCUGCGGUGUCCCACCUACCACGAUGAGCGACGAAGGAUUCGACCCGUGCGAGUGCAUAUGGAAUUACAUGUCCGUGCAACAUCUGCUUUCUAUCUUACGACAAUCGCAAAAUUAUUGUUCGGAUACCGAGUGCUUCAGCGUGUCGAGACUUCCUGGACCGCAGACGAACAUUCGGGAACCUUCAGAUUUCCUCUUCACUUGCUUAAUUAUUGGCUUUAUCAUUCUCAUGUACGCAUUUAGACCGAGAGCUUUCCGACAAACGACCAGGAACGUUAUCAAGAGCAACAACGAGCCUGAUUCACACGGAGAUGGCCCGCCUUCGCCACCAACGAUGAGUUAAAUAGCACAACAUUGUCAGGAAUCUUGUUAUUCGAGAUUUUAUAUAUCAGGAUCUGUCUAACAGAAAUAGGAGAAGUUAUGGUACAUAGAUACAAUGUUAAUAAACAUAAUUAAUAUACGUGUUAGCGGAAUAUAUCGGUUUGCUUUUGGAGACGUAACUUAUACAUUGAUCUAAUCGUAAUUUUAUGCGAUAUAACACGCGUAUGCAUUUUCUUUCUUUUUAAAAACUCUUAUAAUCAGAGUGCCUAGACUACGUGUAUGAGCAUAUAUUUUUAUCACGACUUUCCGAAAGAUAGCAAUAAAGUCAACGAUUACAUCACAUGAGAUUUCUAACGUUCUGACGUGUUUGUUUCUCGAAACAGCGGAUAACGGCGAAUUGUUAUUAAUAAAGUGACAGAACGCGCUCGCACGCGAUAAUAAGACUGUAUUGUACAUGUGAAUAUAAUUUAAAACCUCUACUAUAAAAGAGAGCGACAAAAAAUGAAGUACCUGCACGACCGGAUAGUCACUUAAUAAAAUUAUUUGCUUGGUAUUUAUAUUCAAAAAUUUAUAAUAUUCUCAUCUAUUCAGAAUUAUAAAAAAAGCUUUAUUACAUAAAAAAUUUUCCACAUACGAUUGAAUAUAUUAUCUGCUGUAUAUAAUACAACGAUAAUAAAUUAUUGUAUAAGAUUUGAGAAAUUCGGAUCUUGUGUGAUUUGUCAACAAACAGUAUUUAUGUAACAGUAUUUUUCUGUAACGCGAUUAUAAAAAAGAUGGAAGUGCAUCUAUCUUUUUUUCGGUGGAAUAAAAUUUAUAUUUAAAUAUUAAAUUUCGUUAUCCAAAAUAAAAAAAGAAAAGAAUGUUUAUAGCUUUAUAAUAUAUUUCGAUACAUAUGUACCAUUCAAACAAAGUGGAGAUAUCAUGUUACACAUCGGAUGUUUUACACAAAUUAGAAGUUACAGAUUUGAAGGUAUUAUAAUUAUAUACAAAUAACGAUUAUUAGUAUUACACAAUUUUCCUGUAAUGGAUAUGGUCUAUGGAUAGAAUGUUUUUAUACUAAUAACAAUGUUUAAUGUUGUACAUUCCCCAUAUUUUCGAUAAAUAAAACUGAUUCUCCGCAUUGCAUAAAAUGGCUCUUUAAUAAAUAGUAUGUCUCAAAAUAAGAUUUUUUUAUAGAAAAUAAUAUGGGAUAUAUAAUAUGUUUAUAUAAAUUCGUUUCGUAUCACUCAAUUCUUGCAAUUGGUUAUAUAUAUUUUUAUUACAAAAUAAUUUUAUUUUAAAUAAAAAUGCUAUAAUUACAUAUAAUUAUAUUUGUACAAUGUUGGUAUAUUCGAUAUCCAGUUUGGCUAUUUACGCAUAAUUUUAUUUAUCAUAAUUCGAAAAUUCCAUGUACAUUCUGAAUAAAAUAGAAAAUUGUAUAUCAGAAAAUUAAAGUGCUUAUUUUUAUAAAAAAUGCUGAUAUUUAUUGAAAUAAUCUCAAAUAGCUAUCGUUUGCUAAUAAAGAAAAUAGAAUAACAAAUUUCUUGUAUUAUGACAUCUCUACAGAAACUGAUAACUUGAGCGAAUAAAAAUUAAAUAGUGGCUUGAAA